CGUGCCCUCCAUUCCUUCUCCACCACCUCCUCUCUCUCUCUAGCUCUUUCUCUAUAAUUCUCGCUCAAGCUCGCGCCUUUUCACCGGCACUCCACCCCUCGCAUCCUCACCUCGCGACCCAUCUGAAAAAAAAAAAGAAAGGAGGAGAAAGAUGGCAAGGAGCGCCGUCGAGCUCGACUUCCUCGGCGUGGCGGAGAAGGGGGUCGCCUCCCCCUCCGGCCCCCGCCCCCAGCGGCGAACUCUCGACCGUUUCUCCAGCUUCCGAGGCAUCCAGAGCGCCAUCUCGCGGAUCAACCCGGAGCUCCUCAAGUCGGUGAUCGCCGCCCCCGGCGCCGCCCACUCGAGGUCGCCGCCCUUCUCGGCGCCCGCGACGCCGAAGCCGGACCAGAAUGCCGCUCCCGCCUUGCCUGUUUACGCCCCUCUUGUCAGGCCGAGCUCGGAGACCCACGGCGGAGAAGUUGCUCCACUGACGAUCUUCUACGGCGGGACCGUCGUCGUCUUCGACCUCCCUCCCAACAAGGCGGAGAACAUUCUGAAGCUUGCGGUCCAAGGAAUGUCCAAAGCCACCGGACCCGAGAGCCCGGAGGCCGCGGCGGCUACCGGCGGCCAGGAACAGCUGCUCGGCAUGGGAGAUCUGCCGCUCACGAGGAGGAAAUCGCUGGAGAGAUUCUUUGAGAAACGGAAGGAGAGGUUGACUUUCGCAUCGCCGUAUUCCCGCGGCAAGUGAGGCGCGCCCGCUCGUCGCCUUCGCGGAAGGAGCGGGAGAAGGAGGCGACUCGGUCAUCUCUCCGCCGCGCACGUGGAAAAUGUGAAGGAAGGAAGGAAGGAAGGAAGGAAAGGAGGACAGGUCAAGGACGUAUACGGCGUCGUAGCCUAUUGGAGGAGGACGCUCUUAUUUUAUUUUUUAAGUUUCCUCCUUUGUUUUUGCUCUUCCCUUAGGGGAGGAGUUAGAACUGUUUAGUGUUGUGAUGUCUAAGUGGAGGCCACUGAUAUAAUUGCACGCCGGCCCUUUUUUUUAAAAUUUUUUUCCUCUCAUCUCUUUGUGGGAUGGGGGGCGGUUGGGCUACGGCGUAUGAUUGUAGUUUGGCGGGUCUCUAGACUUGGGGGGCCGACGGCAACCCACUUGUUGAUCGGAGGAUGUCGGAAGUAGUUAUAGUCCUCGUGCUUUGACUUCGAUCUCAUCUGUAUGUGCCGCAUGUGUAUCAUCUGUCUCUCUCUUUGAUAUUUUGUGAAGAAUACUACCAUUUGUUUGAUUUGAGGGUCGAAUGUAUGAAUAUAUGCUACCCAACUACCAUGUAUCAUCUUCA